GAGAGUUGAAGGAUUGAACUUUUUUCCUCGUGUAGUUUGUGCGGCGCGGAGGCGCGCAGCCCCCCAGCGCAGCCCCGGAGCCCAGCGGGAGCUCCCCCGCCCUCCCUCUCCCGCGGAGCGAUGGUGCGGAGCGCGCCCCUCGCCCUGCUCCUCUGGGCGGCCGCCGCCUGCGCUAGUCCCGCCGCCCCGGGGGCCGCAGCCGCAGCCCGCAGGCAAGACGAAGCUUUUUCCGCCGCCAGAUGCACCUCCAGGUGCCUCAGCCUCCAGAUCACCCGCAUCUCCGCCUUCUUCAAGCAUUUCCAGAACAAUGGGUCACUUGCUUGGUGCCAGAAUCAUAAACAGUGUUCAAAGUGCAUGGAGCCCUGCAAAGAGUCCUGGGACCUGAAGAAAAACCAUUGCCAAAGCUUUUGUGAGCCUCUUUUCCCCAAGAAGAAUUAUGAAUGUCUAACUAGCUGUGAAUUCCUUAAGUACAUCCUGUCUGUAAAGCAAGGGGACUGCCCAGCACCUGAGAAGGCCAGUGGUUUUGCAGCUGCCUGUGUUGAAAGCUGUGAAGCUGAUAGUGAAUGUUCUGGAGUGAAGAAAUGCUGUUCCAAUGGAUGUGGUCAUACGUGCCAAGUUCCAAAAAAUCUGUACAAAGGUGUUCCACUGAAACCCCGGAAAGAAUUAAAAUUCAUAGAACUUCAGUCUGGAGACCUGGAGGUGAAAUGGUCUUCAAAAUUCAAUAUUUCUAUUGAGCCUGUGAUCUAUGUUGUUCAGAGGAGGUGGAAUCAAGGAAUCCAUCCAAGUGAGGAUGAUGCUACUGACUGGCAAACUGUGGCACAGACUACAGAUGAGCGGGUUCGGCUGCCAGACAUCAGAGCAAGCAGGUGGUACCAGUUCCGCGUGGCAGCUGUAAAUGUGCAUGGAACGAGAGGCUUCACAGCACCGAGCAAGCACUUCCGAUCCUCGAAAGAUCCAUCUGCUCCACCAGCUCCAUCUAAUAUCAGAAUUGCUAAUAUCAGUGCAAACAAUGAUGGGAGUGUAAAUGUAAUGAUUACUUGGGAUCUUCCAGAAGAGCCUGAUAUCCCAGUACACCACUACAAAGUCUUCUGGAGCUGGACAUAUAGCAAAUAUGUAAUCCCAGCUAAGAAAAAGAGGAGGAAGAUUACCGAUGGGGCCCAAAAUUAUGUGAUCCUGGAGGAACUCCAACCCAACAGCAACUACAAUGUAGAGCUGCAGGCCGUAACACGCUGGGGUCAGAUACGCCUAAAAAGUGCUAAGGUUUCUCUCCAUUUUAGCACGACUCAGGAUACCAGAAAUAAUAAGGAACAGGCAUCUCCUGGCAAACCUCAGAAAGGACUGGUAGAUCCUUACCCAACAUUUCAAAGAAGAAAACCUACUCGCUUUCUUAAAAUUGGAACACCUUUCUAUCAGGACAACCAACUUCAAGUCAAAGUCUACUGGAAGAAGACAGAUAUCAGCAUGAAUCAAUUCCAAGUUCACUGGUUACUGGAGUCCUGUGCACACAAUGACACCAAAGGGCUUGGGAAAGUAACUGAGCUGACUUACGAAAACUAUGUGAUUCUCAAGGACCUGUCAUUUUCAUGCAAAUAUAAAGUAACUGUUUUGCCUGCAAAAUCUAAAGGUCGUUUAAAGGCUGAGAGCAUUUUCUUUGUCACCCCAUCUUGCUCUGCAUUUAAAGAAAAAAACCACAAGCACAUUAAUUGUCCUGCUGAAGGAGUGCCAGUUCUACCCAAAGUGUUGGCCAAACCCGAGAAUCUAUCUGCAUCUUUCAUUGUUCAGGAAGGUAACAUCACUGGUCAUUUUUCCUGGAAGUUAUCUAAGGCAGAUCUUCACCAGCCCAUGACAGGAUUUCAAGUCACUUGGGCAGAAGUAACCACAGAAAGCCGACAGAACAGCUUACCCAACAGCAUAAUUUCACAGUCACAGAUACUGCCAGCAGAUCAUUAUGUACUUACUGUGCCCAAUCUGAGGCCAUCAAUGCUGUACCGCUUGGAAGUUCAAGUGCUGACAACUGGUGGGGAAGGGCCAGCUACAAUAAAAUCAUUCCGAACACCUGACCUUCCUCCAUUUUCACCCCACAGACCUCAUCUGAAGCAACAUCAUCCACAUCACUACAAGCCACCCCUGGAGAAAUAUUAGACUGUUUCAAAUGAUUAUGCAAAUAACUGAGAGAAAAAACUGAGCUCCCAAAUGAGGGCUGGGAAAAGGCAUAUCUGUAGGAGCAAUGAACCCAAAUUUCCAGUGGAAGUUACCAUCCUGUAUGAUCUGUAUGUACUUCUCUGUAGUUUAGCCAUGAAGAAUUAUAUUUGCACCAAGAACAGGAUAAAAUGCGCAGCAAGGAUCUUUUCAGUGUCACCACUACUCAACAAAAUGAAGAUUGCGUUCAAUUCAACACCUGUGAGAAAAUAAGAAGUGUGUUCAUGAUAAUAUUUUUGUAUUUCUAUGUUUAAAGUAGAUUGAAAUGGUGCAGCAUAUACAGCUUUUUCUCUUACUGACUUCAGUGUUAGUAUUUGCAAGAUUGUCCUGUGAUGUAUACAUACUUUUGAGCACCGAAUGCCAUGUUCUCAUCAGUGUAUUUAAAUGACCUAUUUUACUUAAAGCUAUGCCUGUCACCAGUUUAAGCCCUAGUGUAUUUUGCUGUUAAAGAUGAUCUCCAUAUGCCUGAAAUAAGGACAUAAGUAAAAUAAAUACCAGUAGCCAAAACCUUAACGUAGUCAGUAUUCAGUAAUUGCCAUAUAACCACAGAGGAGAAUGAGAAUUCAGUUGUAUCAACUAUCUGUUCUGAAAUGCUAAUGCUUUAGCAUGUAGAUCUGUUAACCUAAAGAUAUACAAGGUAGAUGUACCAUUGUAAAGAAACAAAUGGAUAUCAGUAGAAUUGUUGAAAAUCUAUGGAAAUCAGUACAAUUAAUUCAUAGGGUCUGGAAGAAUGACUUUUAAAAUCCCACUUACAGUUUUUCGGCUUAUAUUAUUUCAAGGUAUAAAAACAUCUUGAACAGAAAGAUCAAUUUUCUAGUUAAAAAUAUGAAUAGUUAAUGUGAACAUUUUAGACACAGAAAUUCUGAGAUACGUUUACUGUUCAAGUAUCUAUAGAGCUACUUUUUUGGCUUUGGCUUUUGAUGCGUAUAUCUCUUUUCCCUGUGGAUCUUUUGAACAGAAGGAUGGUUGUAUUGCCUCCAUGCUAUUCUGCUUACAGGAAGAAUUAUGUGACUAUAUUCUGGCAUCUGGAAAACAUUGACUUAUACUCUAUCUGAAUGCAUUUUUCAAAUUUAGACAGAGGGGUGCCCUUUUUAACCAUAAGGGAAUCAAUAUUGUCUUAUUGUGCGAUGUAAACUGUCUAGAAUAAUUUGCCACACAGAGAGACAUUUUUUGGUAGUAAACAGAAACUGCUUAGAUUUACUAUAGAGAGAGUGGAAACUAUCUGCCAAUAAAUAAACGUCCAUACAAAUACUCGUGAUCAGCUUCUAAUAUUCAAGAUAUUCAAAGCGCUCAUGCAUUCUUUGGCACAUUUCCAUUGCUCCCUGAACUAGUGAAUGAUGAGGUUAAUGCACCUCGAGUGCUCAGGAGUCAAACUUGACAAGGUGGCCACUUUUCCUGUCAGCAGAUGCUACAGACUCACCUGUACUUCAUAUUUGUCUGAGAUGCUCAGUGAGCCUGGGCAUUAGUGGUAAAUAUAUUUCCCUUCUUUUGAUGGCAAACUAUUUUAUAGAAAAGCAAAGAUGAAGAAAAGAUGUACGUACCUGAAAGUGAGGAUCAGAGUUAUGUUUAUUGUAAUAGAACAUUCACAAAAUAGUCAAAUGCAAAGUUUUUUUAAUCGAAGUUUAUAGCUUUUUCUGUCAUGAGGGUUGAUAUCACAGGCAGCGAAGAUAAUUUCUGAUCUCUUACUUAUUUCUGUUUUCCUAAACUUCUGCCUUUGCUAUUAAAGGGCUCUUUUUUUGCCCCUACUCUCUUUCUACUUUGCUUGUUGUCUUUUUUUAUAUGCACUCAGUGACCAAGAACUUUUCCAGACCUUUUCUAUUGCUACAUGGUUUGGGCCUUUAACAGUAGUUUUAAAAAUAUUAAAGGCUGUGGUGCUAUAUUCCUUCCUCUAUCAUUCUGUCAUCUCCCUUUUCCCAAAAUACAUUAGCAAAUAAACAGCUGAACUCUUCUUCAUAAAAUCAUUAGUAUUAAGGUUUAUUUCCAAUUUUGGCAGAAGGCCAGAUUCUCAGAGAUUUUUGUCAUGAUGAAAAGUGUACAAGUCUUUACAAAAAAACCCACUAUUUGAAUCAGAGCAGUGUGCAGCGCUGCUUUGACAUUUAGGCUGCAGAGGGGCAUAGAAAAGGCUAGCAGUGAUUUCCGUGGUGUUGGCUGAGAGCAGGAGUCAGUGGGAUCAGGCUUCUCCGAAAAACUCUUUCCAAACCUUUCAAUCACAGUCUUUUCUAGUUAUACUGGAACGAAUCUGUAGUGACUUGAUUAAUGUUGAUGAAAUUAUGUUUUGUUCAUAGUGAUGUGAUAAAGCGUAAAACAUGCAUGUCGGUCUUUAUUACAAUGAUGCCAAAUAUGGCAUGGAGAUAAACUGAAAGUUGGCAGCCCUGAGUGCUCAUACCUUUAGUCUUGGUUGCUGACGGGAAGCCUCAUUCUUCUGAAAUUAAUCAAAAUAGUUACUGUUUGCUGAUCUUUUUAUUGCUUCUUUGAAACAUUCAACUUUUAAAAUAAACAAUGCAGUUUUAAAGAACAUAGAGGAGUUUUCCCUUUUGAAAUAAAUGCUGGCAGUCAAAUAAAAAGUUUAAUAAAGUAGAAUUGUAUUGAACAAGUGUACCAUACAGAGUCCACUAAGAUGUAAAUUUUUUUUCCUUCUACAAGUCAACUUGUCAACUCACCUUUCAGGUCACCCUCCAAAUCAAAAAUACAAAGUCAACAAAGCUCAUGCAUGGAUAUUAAAUUUCCAACUAUGAUUGAUUUCCUGAUUAUUCUUUGAAUUUAGCAGUACAGAUUUGAAGUUGUUAGUGCCUAAUUCAUAAAGCCUUGUUUGCUGAAUUGUACAGGGUAUUGUCCUAAUUUACUAGACUAGGUCACAUUACACAUUUAAUUCAGCAAUACAGUUGAUUCACCGGUUAAAGAUUUAUUUUCUCUGAUGAUGUUGUGUAAUAAAGUUAAUAUAGAUAUUGGGAUGGUUUUAGAUACUCUGCACCUUUACAUUAAUGUAUUAUUUGCAAUGUACGACUGUGAUAGAUUUGUCAGUUAACUUGUUUAUCUUUAUUUCUUAAAGGAGAGUUAUAAGAUUAUGGUAUUUUUGCUAACUGCUUUGUGAAGUGGAUUUUCUUUUUGUUCAUCAGUGACUUUGUUUAAGAAGAAAAUCAUUUGUUCUUGUUUUAUCUUUUUUGAUCAUUUUUUACUUGCUUAUACAGGAGGAGAAAUUCAAAUAAGAUAGAGCUUGUGCUGUAUCAUCUGUGUGUGCCAUCUUGAAUGUUUACUAAGACUAUUGCAUAUAUACAACAAAUAAGGGAUCUGACUUCUGAAAUGUUGAACAUCCCAAACUUAGUGGCUCCAGAAAGAGCUGUGUUAUGGCAAUGCUAACAUUGACAAUAACAUUUGGUAUGGUCACACACAAAGUCAAAGAAAUACUCAUUGCUAAUGUGAAUGGGAAUUUUACCAUUGGUGUUAGCAGAACUGUAUAGAAACCUUAAUACUGAGUCGAUUUGUUCCACAAUACGUUCAGCUUCAUGCUCCUGACUGGAGUUAGGGGGAGUUCCAGAUAAGCAGGCCCUGAUUCAGGAAGAUAUACAGAAGAGGAAAGUUCCAUAUGCACAAAAGAAGUCAGUGGGAUGGGAGUAAACCUGUGCAGUUAAGAAUGAGCUUUAGUGAUGCCUCAAAUAAAGCAUGGGUGUCAAAAUUUGCUUGAAUACUGUCUUAAAUCAGGACCUUAUAGAACAAAGUGUGGGACCUAGACAGUUCUAAAUUCUGUGUACACCACCAUAAAAAUUGUUAAUUUUGUCUUGUGCAUAUGUAAAUGUAGCUGUGAUAUUGACUUAUUUAUUAAUUCAUUUUAUUAUACUAUGUGCCAAGUAUAUUCCUACCCUUUUGAUCAAUACCUGUGAACAUCAAUUACUAAAAAUAAUGUUAUGAAAACUUGUGCAUUGUAACCGGGAAUAUGAUGCUAAUGAGCUGUUGCAUGUAGUUUUAAAUAAUUAAGAAAACCCUUUAUUUAAAAAAAAUGUAAAUGAAUACCUACAGAUGUUGAUGAUUAUAUAUGGUUUUGCAUGCCAAAACUCAUUGUUCAGUUGUGGGCAUGAAAUGUAACGACUGUAUUACCUCUACUGAAUAUAUUAGUAAGGUACAAUUUACAAAGUAAUUAACAGAGCUCUAUAUGUAAAAUUUUUCCUUUUUGCUUAAUUAUAUUGUAGUAGAGGUAACAGAACUGUUUCUCUGUUACCCAGAUUGGCUGUAGAAAUUAUGUUCCUGUAACGCUCAUUUAAAGUCAAUAUUUAUUUAUCUGUGUAACACAACAAGAUUUGUCUUACGUGUCUGUCCUGUUAUUUAGAGAAAAAAAUACACUUCUUGUAAAAAAUAAUUUGUAAAAAAAAAUGUAAAUGUAAAUAGAGUCUAAGUCUUUUACUCAUUAUUUUAAUGUUUAGAAUUUGUACAUACUGUUUAGGUAAUAAACUAUCCUACAUUGAAGUCUUGCUACAUUUUCUCCUCCAUAGAGAAUUUAUUGUUUCGUUUUUUUCCAGUUGAAUACAUUGAGUUAUCUAAAACAGAUCAGUUAUGCCAAGUACCUUUGCUACAUCUAUGUUGCUUUGUGCAUGGUCAUACGCUUUUAUCCUAUGUUUACUACAGUGUUUUGUUUUCUUUAGAAAGUGAUCAAAAUAAUCCGAAAAUGAAUGUAGAUAUUUGAGACUUUUACAUUUAAAAGCAAUCCUUGAAGUAAGAAAUCAGACUCGAGAACUUGCCAUCUCUUUCUCUAUUAUAAUGAAAUAGUUCACAGUGAAGAUUUUUUCACCCUUUGCAGUGUUAAAAUAAUGUUGCUGGAUCUGUCAGUGGUCUGAUCCUGCAAGUCAAGAUUUUCAUGACUGAAACUUGCGAAAUGUAUGUAUACAGCAGAUUUGGAGUCUUUUCUGUUUUAAAGUGUUGAGUCUCAUGAUUUAAAUUCUGUAUUUUUAAUAAAUAUAAAUAUCUGUCUUAGGAAAAAAAAUUACCUGUUUAAAAUUGUAAUAGAUGUGCUAUAAUUCUGGGAUGCAGUAUCUUUAGUUUGGUGAUGCACCUUUGACUUAUUCUUAAUACACGGGUGGAUUUUGUUAACUCGAUCAUGAACUCCAAAAUUUACCGAUGUUGCUUCCUCAUUAGAAUAACUGCUUAAAUUUUGGGGUUUGGUUUUCCUUUUACGUGAGUGGAAAAUGUUUAGAAAAACGCAUAUAAUUCAAUUCCUCUGCAAGCUGGACUGUUUCAAUGAUACUUGCACUUACAGUUCAUUAAACCCAGACAAGAAUAAUCUAUCACUACGGAUAGGUAAUUGUCAUAAUAAAUAGUCGAAGUGUUCUCCACACUGUAACUCAAAAUAUCCAUUCAGCUUUUCCUUCUAUAGCUUCAAAUAAAUGUUACAUUCAACAUUAAAUUCAAAGAGAUGACAGUUGGAUGAUACAAGUCAUAGGAAAUAAAGCGAAUUUGCAAUGUAUUAAAUAGGAUGAUUUUUGUUUGGGGUUUUGUGGCUUGUGCUUCUGUACAACUUGGCUUUUGUUCAUCUGAUAUCAGAAUGUUAAUUUUGUAAAAAAAAAAAAAUUAAUGCAAUGAAAGCUCUUUACAGUAUGAAAAAACACCCUAUAUACUCCUGUUUUUUUUAUAACAGGUGUUGCAUUGUCAUCGCCUGGAUAUAUGCUACCCUCCUUGAGGAAAGCCUUGAGCCAAAACACUGGCUGUUAGCCUGUUGGUGGCAAUGGAGCACCUGUAAGGGUAAAGAAAUCACUGGGGAGAACACUGAGAACAUGAGCAUUGACAUAGAGCCAAUGUGCAGGACUCCUGCAGAUUUGAAGGGGAUGCAGUUCAGCAGAAGAAAAUUGCUCUGUCCCCCUUUGGAUUUGGCUUAUUAGCCUUCGUGCUUCUACUCAGGUUGCUGCCAGGAGAAUAGAUUAAUAUUUAAUACUUGCCUUGUUAUAAGCAUUACUGAAAGUGCCAUGUGGCACUGAAACUAAAGAAUUCAUGAAUGCGUGCUGUACCCAGUUCCUCACUUCUGAUCGUGAUUUUUUUCAUGUUACUUAACAAAAAGCUACAUUCAGGAGGUGAGUUUCUUCUCAAAGCAAGAUCAACUUUGGAAACAGUGUGUUGUCACUUUUCAGGAGAAUUAAGCAAAUGUGCUACACGCAAAUAUUUGUCAGCAAACAUAUUUGUAUACUAAAUAGAGCUUGCUUGUCUUUUUCACAAGCUGUCCAGUAAUAUAUAGGUGCAGUAGGUUCAAAAUUGUCAAUAUUUAAAAGUAAUUCUGGGUUUACUGAUCAUUACUGAUUAGCCAACAUAUUUUUAUAAUUUUGUUUAGGAAAUUUUGACUGAUUUAAAUGGUUCAGACUGCAUAGUUAUUACAGAUGCAGAGUGGUAGGCUUUAAUUUCCAUCCUGUCCUUUCUAAGUGAAAGAUGGAAGAGACAGACUGGGAACACAGGUGGCACAAAAAGAAACUAAUUAUCUGAUGUAUUUGUUUCUUUGCAGACAUCCAAUUUCCAGUGUUAGUAGUUAUCUGCAAACAUUCAAAAUAAUAUUUUAAAUAUCAUGUUUUGAGAUGUGCUGCAAUACUUGCUUGAAAUAUAAAUAUUUCAGACUUCCAGUGAACAUAUCUGCAAGCCAAAAUUAAUUAGAAUGUAACUCAUAAAACACAAAUAUGCAAUAAUAAAAUAAGCUGAUAGAUACCAAUGGUUCUGAGCACUUAGGGACAACUAUUCUUUUUGCAUGGUAUUUACUGAGUCAUACUGAAGACAAAGAAGAUCCACAUGCAUUUUUCUUGCUAUGAGUGACAUACCUCUUAUCACAAAGGUUCCCAUUUAAUUGCUUAAAGGUGCUUCAUGAAUGGCUGAGGCACCAGAGGUAUACAGUAGUUUAAUACUGUAAUGAUGCAGUAGGGGAAGAACUCUAUACUUUAUUUGUCCCAUCUUUUUGCCUGCAUUUCAUUUUUGUUUUGCUUAUAGAUUGCCUUUCAUUGUUUUUGUUGUAUGUUCAUUGUGACAAUUUGUCUCAUUUAUUAAUCUUGGUCAUACAAGACAUCCUCAAACCACAUUUCUCUUCACUGCUCAUUGCUAUAAAGAUUUAGGUGUAUGAUACCUUUCC